UCGCAAUGCGCCUGCUCUGUUGAUGAUCCGCGAUAGAAUCCUCUGACAUGUCGCAGUGAUUCAGCGUCUCAAAUAUUCGUGUAUUGCCCAUCUGCAGAAAAAGCGAGCAAGAGACAAAAUGCUACGCUGACAACAGAAAAAUUGAACAGGGAGGAGUCUAUAAAAAAAUAACAUGGGCUGGGAUAAUAGCCCGGGGUGGACUCCCAUAUAAAAAGAACGGGGGUGGUCGUCGCACCUUUCAGGGGUUAUAAAGACGGUUUUGGUACUUCUUAGGGCAUUCAGCCUCGUAGGGUCCACAGCAGAAAUUUCUGACAAGAGAUAAUGUGUUGUUUUAGAAUGGGUAUGGGUAGGGGUUAAAAAAUUUAAGCCAAGCCCAGCUCACAAAACAGGAUCUUGGUAUCUCUUAGGGGUUCUUUUGAAAAUUUCCGACGAGAGUCCCUCCGGACAAUAUGUUAAUGUAAUUCCCAAAAACAUUGAGCAUUUAAGGUUUGUAUUUGGGAGGGUGGGUCAUGGUCAAGGCUGUGGGGAUAUUGAAUUACGGAAACCCGGAAAAUUGCACCAUUCACAUUUUAUGAAGCCCUCUAAACAGCGAUGACUGUUCAUUCAAACUUUUUCGCAAACAGCUAGAGUUAAGUCUUUUACCCAGAUCCUCGCGUAGCCGUCAACUUGAAAAUAACGCUACGUGACAAACUCACUCAAUGAGUCACGCUCCUUUUAAAAUAUGACGGCCGGCUCCCACCUGAGUUCGCGUGAUUUUAUCAGAUCUGAUAUUGCUGGAGACUUUGCAGAAAGUCUCUAUACACGAUAGACUGUACACGACGUCUGAAAAAAGGUCGCUGACUAUAAUGAGCGUUAACCCGGAAGAAGCAGAUUCGACUGAAAUCAUUGUUAAUCAAGAUGGCUUACAACAAUUUCAAGCUCGAAGGAAAUCCUGUGAUCCUGAUUCUUGUUGGUCAUGGCUGGUCUGCGUGGUGUGUGCAUUUUGUAAUAUCAUUAUUUGUGGUCUAACGUACAGUUACGGAAUUCUGUUUCCCUGGCUUCUGGACGAAUUUCAACAAGGAAAAGCUAAGACAGCUUUAGUUGGCUCACUGGCUAUGGUUGGAACAGGCGUGUACGGCAUGCUGGUCGCAAAAGUCUUUAAUCGCAUUGGACCCCUUAAAACCGCCAUCGUGGGGACCCUUAUUAGCAUAGUGGCUCUUCUAGUGACGUCACGUGGGACCAGCAUUUAUUUCAUCAUGAUAAGCUAUGGUAUUGUCUUUGGCAUUGGAUCUUGUUUCGUAUUUCUUCCUUUGUACUUGGUCAUACCUAGAUACUUUAUUAAAAGGCGCUCAUUAGCGUUGGGGCUCGUUGCCACAGGGCCUGGCGGAGGCCUGUUUGUAAUGAGCCCCGUAGUGCAGGCCUUAGUCGAUGCACUUGACUGGAGAGGAGCUUUUAUGGCCAUGGCAGGGAUUGUUGCUUUAAUUGGUCCUCUUGUUUGCGUUUUUCGUCGAAUGCCUGGUGAUAUUGGUACCGAGCAAAACAGCGCAGAGGAUGAGAUAAAGGGGAAACUUUGUGACUUUUCAGUUUUUAGGAAUAAGCGCUUUGUUAUUUUCACUUUGGCCGUGUGUCUGAUGUACACUGGACAUUACAUCCCUUCUGUUCACAUGGUUCGUUACUGCGAAACUAUAGGAAUACCUCCCACACAAUCCUCCAAACUGUACGUCUACAGUGGUGUGACGUCAUUGUUAAUUCGUCCCGUGAUUGGUCGCUUGUGUGACGUCAAAUGGAUCCAAGCGCACUUUCUUUUCCAGAUCGCCGCGGCAUUUGAAGGAAUCGCGUCGUUACUUCUUCCCCUCGCAAGAAGAAAUCUUUACCUCGUGUUUUAUUUUAUACUUUAUGGCUGUACAGAUGGUGCCAUGGGCAGUGCAAUGUGUGUGGCUGUUAUGUUUUGUUUUCAAGGAACUAAACGAGUCCGAGGGUUCGGCUUGUUCCAGAGUAUUACAAACAUCGUAUCGGCGUUUGGCCCUGCCUUAGGCGGUCUUGUUGCGGACAGUUUUGGCUCGUAUCCUCCGGCAUUUUAUAUGGCGGGUAUUUUUGUUUCUCUAAGUGCUGCUGUGGUAUUUCUCUUUCUGUUUGUAAAAGAAGAUCAAGAGGACAACGACCAUGCAACUAUGACUGAGGCACUAAUGAUCGUGGAAAAGUGUACAGUUGUUUAACGUGCUUUGAAUUAUACAAUUAUCGAGGCGCUUACCUCCAUGUUUAGCUGAGGAGCGCAGCGGCGCAUGAAUUCCAGAUCGAGAGGUCUGGGUUCUAGCAUUAGACGGUUUCAUGAUGUUGUUUCUUGGGCAAGACCCAGGCCCCAGUUGUUUGAACGCUGGAUAGCGCUAUCCAGAUAAAUCGCUAUCCAGUAGAUAAGUUUAACAAAACAAACAACGCUAUCUGGUAGAUAGCGUUAUCCACCCGGGCGAGGUGUAUAAAUAAGAACUGGAAA